AUGCAAAUAUAUGAUUCUGCUGAUGCUAAUGCUGUACGUCACAAACGUCAUUCGUAUUUACAAUUACCGUUUUGGCAUAUACCGUGCGGUGAACCGGUAACGGAAAAUGCGAUGAAUAGUGUAAGUGAACAAGACAUUGAAUUGAGUCUGGAAAGAAUAAAAACUCAACAUCAGAAUGCACUUUCGGAUUAUUUACAUCAUGAUUAUGAAUAUCUAUAUGAGCAUGUUAAAGUUGGUCCUGCAGAGCAUCAGUAUAUACCAAACUGGGUGCCAGGAAAAAAAGAAGUUCAUAUAGUUAAGAGAUUAACUGGGAAAUCACCUCAAACGAUUAUCAAUCAUCUGCCAAAAUUACACGAAGAUCUACAAAAAUUUUCAGUUGCAGUAGAUCAAAUGUUGGAAGAUGAACCAACAUUUAUAAUUAGUAAUUCAUUAAAAAAAACAAAAUUUUACCUACAAAUGAUGUUAUGUGAAGUUGAAAGCAGUAUUGCUAAUUUUGUGGACUUAUCGAUACCCAAAAGAGUAAAUAUCGAUAUUAUGGCUGUUGAAGAGAGACAUCCGACUGAUGACACAAUAAGAUUAGUACGAGAUUGGGGAGUGAUGUUAAAAUAUAAAAAUUACUUGCAUGCAUGGAAACAUGUUUUUAAUGAUUAG